CUCCCCUCGCGCAGAGGCUGACACUAGCUUACUCGCCGAGAGUAACGAAACAUAUGUAUAAAGCAAAGAGUGUUCCAAAAGUUUUUCUUAAUUUUGAAGCCCUGUACUGUAGCAGAUUCUGCUCUCUACUGCCUAGAAGCUGGAGCUCUCAAUGUCCGCUACUGAAGGCCACCGUGUCAAAUGUCCAACCCCUUUCGAUGCUUAUAGCCAAGACAUAGCCCGCGUAAAGGUCAGGGAUAUCGAAUCCCACCCUUUUGUAUCCUUACACCACAAGGACACUGGGAAACCUUCCAAAAUACACACCUUAUGCAAAGAUGCAGUCGAGCGUGGAAAUGAACAAUGUGUCUGGGUAUGCUACAAUCGGGGAGCGAAAAGUCUUGCCCGAGAUGUGCCGAUAUUAUCAGGUGAACCUCUUGAAGCACACAACGUCGAACGUAUGUUUGGAUAGUGGAGACGUCUUUUACUUCGUGGCCCAAUCAAGAUACAAAUGGUCAAGAUGCAUGUGUUACAGCAAAGGAACAGCAAAGAGGUUGAGGUUAUGAUAUUGCCCAUCAAUAUUGCCGCCGAAGUAGAAAGGAUCGAAAGAGCGCUAGAACAAUGUGAAUUUUACCCAGAGUGCAGCGCAGGCUUCAGAGAAGACGGAACGCUUGUGCCAUGUUCUCGCCCCAAGAAUUGUAGAAAUCUGACUAUGGGCGGCACUGAGGAGUACCCCCAAUUUUACUGCUCACUGGAGCAUCACCAUCGGCUAAGGCGGAAAAAGCGAAAGUUGGAGCAUAGUGAGGCAUUGCUGGAGUUCUACUGGAGUUCUAGAGGGAGGAGUGAUUUCCUAGAAUUCCUCGAAUAUCGUGGGUUCAUCACUCGUUACAGUGACUUGGCAACCACACAUUUUCUCGAUGCAUGUGAUGAUUCUGGUGAGGGAAUUCCAGCUCUGCUACUCGUAGAUGGGUGGCACACGCAGAGACUGCUGAUUCUAGUUGGUCUAGCCGUGGCGCUUAGUAUUCUUAUUACCAUUCUUGGGGCUGCUGUCGGACAGAGUAUAAACAUGGGGCUGACAGCGGGAAGCUACACAUUUGCGUUGGUGGCGGUUUUUAUUGCUACCCUAUCCUUCUUUAGUGCUAUUUUGUAAUUAUCUUAUUGGUUGUUAUUACAGUACCCUCAGUAUAUGUGGACUGCAUGAGCCAUAACAGGGUUAUGAAAGUCAUCCGUGAAAGCGAUUCUUUUGUCUGGGCAAGCCUUACCUGCCUUUCGUUGGAUACAUAGCCAAUGUCUCGCUGAGCACCAAUACCAUACUGACACGCUGUAGUUGCUGAUUGGCUUCAUCCUGCAAGGAUGUUG